AUGGAUGGCGGUGACGAGCUGGAUAGCCUGAGGGGCCUGUACCAGGACCUUUCUGCGCUGUCCAGGUCUGCUCUUCCGAACGUCGAUAGACUCGUUUUUGAGCUGGAGGCAACCGUUCAAGACUUCAGAAAACUUCUCGACAAGCCGCCAAAGAAAAACGAAAGCCGCCAAUCCGUACUCUCCGGCAAAAUCACAGUCAACGAUGUCGAAUACUCUGUCAACGAACAAUUCCAGCAGGACGUAUUGCAAGUGGCAGAUGCCCUGGAUGUGGACGAAAUAGAGGCAGCCGGUUAUUUCUUGCGAGCGCAAGAUGAUGCAAAAAAAUUAGACCGUCCGCCAGUUAUGUGCACAAUAAUACGCUUUCACGAACGUCGAUCGUUUCUUCUUGAAUGCCUACGCUUAGUCCUGUCUGAGUCUUUCGAGGUUGAGAGGGAAGGCACACAGGCCAUCAUGCAGGAUAUUGUUGCGAAAAUUCUCGAAAUUCAAAAUGGCCCCUUGCGAAAUGCGUCCCUCUUCGCUAGAAAAUGCAUGGAUUCUAUGGCUGAUAUCGAAAAGUGGCUGGCGCGAUUGUGCGAUCUAGCCCAGAAGGCCACAAUUGUUGGACAAGCUCAGGAAUCAGAUAUUGAAAUUAUAGAAUAUCAGCGCACCAGCCUUGGGAAGGAACAUGAGUCGAUUGGUGCGAUAAUCUGCUAUCUUUUCAAGGGCACUUUCACCAGCUCCGAAGAUCUCCGCAUACUACUGGACCGGCUAAGGAAGCUGGAUAAAUUCGACAUGAUAUUAGUCCAUUAUAUCCCAGCAAUAAUCUCAUCGGUAUCUCAGUACGGCUCUCCUGAAGGUUCGGGAUCUCUUCGUGAUGCAAGAUCCCUGCAUCAGGCCAUUACAUCUUCCAAAGAUCCUCAGGACUGGGCUCUGACACAAUUCCAUGCUGCUACAACGGCAUUCUGGCUUGCUGAAUACGCGGGCUGGUAUUUUGAAUCCGGCUCUGCAUCUCCCCUUCAAGGCGUUAGCCCCGAGAAGGAGGCCGCAGAUCUCUCUAAAUCUUUUAUUACGGCGCUUGACGAUGGGGCCUUGGAGUUUAUGCUGCAGGUCUGUGGCGGAGUCAGCCAGAACGAGUGGCGUGAUCCAGCAAGAACCGAGUUGGUUAACCUGCUCCUCAAGGAUAGUACACCCUUGACAGUGGAACCGGACUCGUCUUCUCCGUACUUUUAUGCAUUACUCAUGGAGCACUUCGAGAUAUUUAUCGAAUCUCUCAUUGCUAAUAUGCCGGAUGCCAUCAGAACACUGAAGUCCGAGGAAGAUAUUCAGCGUUUGGACCAAAUAACGGCUCUGCGGGAAGGCCUAACCUCAAACUUGCACCGCGGCCCCAUUGAAACACGCAUGCAUUUUGAAACAUUGCUUGUGAUAAUGGCGUUUGCAUUUGAACAUAGGGUGGAGGCUGCGCAGGCAUUUUGGACGGAUCCAGAAGGAAAUUUGUACGGAUUUCUCCUAUGGGCGUCGAAACGUCAAACUGUUCCUCGGGCGAGUGGCUUUUGUGAGAUGCUUUGCUCCAUCUCGGAAGGAGAAGAAAAUUCUUUAUCGGCACACAAAUUCCUGUUAGAUGAGGACAAAACCUCUGCGAAAUUCAGGAGAUCCACCUCGAUGAGCUGGAUUCAAAUGAUUGAUGAACUACAGCUCUACGCUACUAAAGCUACGGAACGACCUGCAGCGGCACCUCCGUCAGUUUUUCGUAUUCGGAAACUCGAGCCGGCCGAAAUAGAUGAACCUGAAAGUCCAGUGAUGCUUACCUCGUACCUGAGGCUCAUCAGCCACUUGUGUAAACAGAACUCGGAAAUCCGGGAAUGGAUACUGCAACACCCAACUCUAAAUCUUGUCAACAUUCUUCUAACCCUAUGUGACGCCCCCAUUCCAGGUCACCUAAGAUCCAGCAUAUUUGUCACUUUGCGGUUUCUGAUGGUGGACAGGACAUCGCUCCAUGGAAACGAGAUGUGGAUUGCCCUUGACCAAUGGAUUUCCGGUUCAGGCUCCCAAACUUCUGCUCUCGCAAAAGUGCCCCUUGCAGCGAAUUCGCCUGGAUGGAACGAACGCCAUGCCUUCCAAAAAAUAACAGAAACUUUUGAUCAAACUUUUUCCUUUGUUGAGCUCCUAGAUACGCUAGCAUCUCCUCCCAUCGAUUUGAUGAAUUCGCAGCUCUCUCUCCCAUUUCCAGAAUCAUUAGGGUCUUCUUACCGAAUGCCUGGCAUAGAGCCCUAUAUCGACUUCGUCAUCGGCCAAGCACUCGCUACUAGAUGUAUUGACCUUCAUGAACCCCAGACUCGCCAUCUACAAUUGGCGUGCUUCAAUUUUAUCGUCACCUGUAUUCAAAAUUUUAACGAACACCUUAUUUCAAUCGUAAGCCAAUCCUCUGUUCCACUAGAUUCCGGCUUGCGGUCCUCUUCGCUAAACGCAUACAUUCGAUUGCAUCCAUUCGCGAGAGUGAUGGAGUGGUUAUUUAACGAGGAUGUUCUAAAGGCGAUAUUUGCAGCUGCCCAUCAAAACAUUGAUGAUGUGGCGAGGGCUAUGUCUGAUUCAAUUAUCCUUCGAUCUUUGCUCCGCGGCAUUGACGUUAUGAACCUUAUUAUGGACCACCAGUCGACCUACUUCGAUAUCGUACGCCCGUUGAUUAAAUCUCAAUCCAGACAAGCUGCAACUACUGUGGCCAACUCGUCCCUUGCAUCGUUCGAAGACAGCGUCAUUGGUAAUCUUCGUGUAGUCACGGAUUUAUGCCUCUAUUGCGGCACUGGUCACCCGCAAUUAACUCUCGCUUCGCUGGCGCUUUUGGAGAAAUUAUCAAGCUCGCGGAAGUUAAACAAAGCUACUUCAUCCACAUUAUCCCGUUGGCAGGCAUCAAAUCAGAUAGUGGAGCUAUUGAACACCGAUGUCGAGGCAGAUCGCAUCGCCCGCUCCCUGGCCUCGCAAAUGGGGAUUGAUAUACGCGAACUAGAAAGCGGCCCUGGAUCUGCCGGUUAUCUUAUCAAGCUAGGACUUGUGAACUUACUGGACCGCUGUCUUAGUAUCAACCCUGAAAAGCCAAGUAUGGCUCACUUACUUCUAGGGUUUUCUUGCCUCGGAAACACUCUUGAUAUCGCAGGAGGAAGUUUAUUCCAAGAUCAAAUGUCGCUUUUACAUGCUAUCAUCGAACUUGCCCGGAGCUACCCUAUCGAGGUAGGUGGAACCAUAGUGGAUUGGAUGGUGCAUCUAAAAGAAGCGAGUUUCCGAGUGCUUCGGCAUCUCUGGUCUUCGAAAUUGUCAUCAGCUCUGGUGCUACCAGAACUUCAUAACAGGGGUUUCCUUGUUUCCCUCUUUUCAACUCAACCUCCUGUUGGUCCAGAGACCCUUUGGAAUAAUUUGCAAACUUCCGAUCCAGAGUUUUGGUACUUGGCGUCAUCUGCUUCGCUCUCAGAGUUCCUUAGCUAUCGAAGCAUGCUUUUUGACUACGCUGUCACAGAAAUUCGCUCCAUUUCGAACCACGGGGCCCCGUCUCUGCAGAGGGAUACCCUAGCCACCUUACUGGGAAGCUCCGUCGAUGAAAGCAAUCGUUCUUUUACCCAUGCCUCCUUCUUUGAUCUUUUUGACUUCGCAGAUUUGGACAUAGACGACAUAAAACCCCCACCCAAUAUGAAAUUCUUUCACGACAUUAACCUAGAUAUUUGCGCCAAGCCUCAGGGCGAUGGUACUUUGAUCCUUUACGACCUUGAUAGUGUGAGAGAGCUUCUUGACUUCACAAAGCAAGAUUUUCUGCAAGCCGGACUGGUGACGGCGCAAGAUGAGGAACAACUCGUGGCCGAACGAGAGAGUAUAUUGCUCUUCCUCCACGCCCAUAAUCAAAGUAGGAAGAUUCGAGUAAACCGCUGCUCAGCUGUCCGAUCGUGGGCCGAACUUGCUACCACGAUCAUCGUUAUGUGCGAUAUGGACGCAGGUCAAAGAUCGAUGUUGAUAUUGCACAUCCUGCAGGUUAUUCUUCCGAAACUCGAGAGCUCUGUCGUAGAUAAUACGUCAGAGGCCAUUGAAUUAGGGCGUUUGGCGGAAUCAUUGCUAGAAAAGCUUGGUUCUGGUCCUUCCACCGAAAGUUCCAACAAGGGAGCUGAUAUCAUAGACGAACGACUUUACCAUCUCUUCCAAACAUGUCUUUGUGGGAUCCCUCUGGCUCUCGAAAACAGCCCCUUGAGAGAAUGUCUUUACAACAUAUGCUCUCAAUACUUAUCGCGCAUUACCCGCAAUGGAUCCGAACACAAGCGCUUUGGAAACCACUCACAACAGGUUGUCAAGGCUUCUGGUUCAUCACUCGUAGAGGUUGUGUGUGACGAUGCUUAUUCAGGACAAGAAACCUGCAGAAUAUCCGCCCUGCUCUUACUGAAUCUUCUUGCUGUUCUUGAUCGCCAGCAGUCUUCAUCUCUGCUCAUAGAUCUGAUUGCCCAAUCGAACCAUCUCGCCAUGUUUGUAGAUGUUGUCGGAGCGAUACCCUCAGAGUUCCGCAAUGCACCAGCCAGUGAAACUUCGCGUCUACUAGUUUACUACGAUGCCCAUUUAUCAUUACUUCAGCAGCUUUCUCAGUCACGACUUGGAGCAGAGCGCAUAUUGGAUGCGGGCUUGUUCCAAGCUAUUAAAGAGUCCCAGCUUUUUGCUACUGACCCUGAUAUUGGAAUCGAUAUCGACAACCCAGACGCUCUCCGGAAAUAUUAUGACCUGCUUCUCGCUGUGAUGCGCGUGGUUGUAUCAGCCGUUUUUGCGCGUGGCUUACACAACCAACAGGUAUUUGACCAAACGCGCACUUUCCUUUCAGGAAAUCGACAAAGCAUGGUUGGAAUAUUUAAGCGGUAUGCAAAAAUCGGUGGACUGGAUAGAGGGGAGGCUAGUGAAACUCUGGAUGACCUAGUUAAAUCAUAUGUCGCACUAAUUGAUGCUGUUGGAUUUCUUGAAAUGCAGCAUUCUACUAGGCCUGCACCGAGGGGCGGGAACAACAAGUCUGUAGGCAAGCGGAAACAUACUGACCAAGACCCUGAACACCGCGAGGACCUGGCACGAAAACAGACGACUAUAACGGACUUGUUUGAGAACGGUGGGAAUAACGUAUCCAAAAACGGUAGAGUGGAGCUUCUGUCACCCAACUCCAAGCGCGUGAGGCGAGAUAUAUCGCAUCCCCAAACCGCAGCCGCUUCCACCUCCACCUCCCCCCACCAACCCAUCGCAGUCGAGAAGAUGUACACAUUCCCACAGAACAAUACCGAUUUGAAAUCACCUACUAGUACAGCUGGACUGAAUCCAUCGCCUUCGAAUUCAAAUGGUGCCACCCAGACGACAUCGCGCGCCUUCAAUUGCAUGGCAAGGCCCAGCAACUUCACGCCACACACGGGAGCUAAGAAGCUCGUUGUCAAAAAUCUACGGGCCAUACCGCGUCUGGAUCAGGAUCUAUAUUUCGAAAAGGUCUGGUCGCAACUGGACUCCGCUUUGACGGCAAUCCUCACAGGUCAGAAGCCAGAACAGUCGCUUGAGGAGCUUUACAGAGGGGCUGAGAAUGUAUGCCGGCAAGGGAAGGCUGCGGUUCUGGCCAAAAGACUGCAAGUCCGCUGCGAGGAACACGUAUCCGGGACUUCCCUGAAGACCCUACUAGCGAGAGCCGCGGACGGUAAUGACGUUGAUAUCUUGAAAUCGGUUGAGGAAGCUUGGUCUACUUGGAAUACCCGUUUGGUUAUAAUACGUUCCAUUUUCUACUACUUAGACCAAUCCUUCCUACUCCAUUCAGCAGACAACCCAGUCAUUUACGAGAUGGGCUUAAUCCAAUUCCGCAAGGCGAUCUUCUCCAACGAUAUACUGCGACCUCGAAUCUUGCAAGGAGCUUGCCAACUGAUCGAACUUGACAGGGAGGAAGACAGCUCGGCAGUUGACCCGAACUUACUCAGGCGUGCCGUCAAACUAUUUCAUGACCUGGGUGUCUACAAGAAGCAUUUCGAACCAUGCAUGCUUCAAGCCUCAGACAAAUACAUCGCUAGUUGGGCUGGUAAGCAAGCAUCUCAUUGUGGGCUUGCCACCUACGUGGAAAGAUGUCAUCUCCUGGCCGACCGUGAGAUGGCUAGGUGUGAUCUAUUCGCACUGGAUAGGAGUACCAAACAAAGCAUCUCUCAAAUGCUAGAUCGUUAUUUGGUUUCAGACCACACCAAUCUCCUAAUUAAGGAGGAUGAUAUCAUCGAACUUCUAAGCAAGAAUGACAAAGCUCCUCUGGAACAGUUAUACACGCUACUACAACGACAAGAUCUGGGGCCUAAAGUGAAACCAGCAUUCUCCGCGUAUAUUAUUAGAGAAGGGUCUGGUAUCGUAUUUGAUCAGGAGAACGAAGAUAAGAUGGUUGUGAGGCUCUUGAAAUUCAAGGAAAAUUUGGACAAAAUAUGGAAGGAUGCGUUCCACAAAGAUGAAGCCUUAGGCCAUAGUCUUCGAGAGGCCUUCGAGAAUUUUAUCAAUGAAACAAAGCAGACAGGGUCGAGCUGGGGUACUGAUAACCCAAAACCCGGCGAAAUGAUCGCAAAAUACGUUGAUAUGCUACUUAGAGGAGGUGUCAAGGCUAUCCAUGGCCUGGAUGGAGAAUCAAAGAGCGGGAGCGCAGCCUUGGUUGAUGAAGAUGCGGAAAUCAACCAAAAGUUGGACCAGGUUUUGGAUCUUUUCCGUUUCGUCCAUGGGAAAGCUGUUUUCGAAGCCUUCUACAAAAACGACCUUGCCCGUCGUCUUCUUAUGGGUAGAAGCGCCAGUGAUGAAGCCGAAAAGAGCAUGCUUGCACGACUCAGAUCAGAAUGUGGAUCGAAUUUCACUCAUAACCUUGAGUCGAUGUUUAAGGACAUGGAUCUUGCGCGGGACGAAAUGGCCUCGUAUAACGCGCUUCUAGGACCAAAGAGAGACAGACCGAAGAUGGACCUAAACGUAAACGUUAUAUCAGCAGCUGCAUGGCCAACAUAUCCAGAUGUGCAGUUGAAAAUACCAAAGGACAUAUCCAGCGCGUUGAAUGGUUUCGAGCAGUUCUACAAUAACAAGUACAAUGGUAGAAAACUUCACUGGAAACAUUCUCUUGCCCACUGUCAGUUAAAGGCGAAGUUUCCGAAGGGGAACAAGGAAAUUGUCGUCAGCUCGUUCCAAGCUGUUGUUCUUCUCCUGUUCAACGAUGUGGAGGAUGAUGCCACUUUGUCAUACGUUGAAAUCAAGGAAGCUACCGGCCUGUCUGAUAUCGAAUUGAAACGAACCCUCCAAUCCCUGGCCUGCGCCAAAUAUCGGGUCUUGACAAAGCGCCCAAAGGGCCGAGACAUCAACGACGAUGACAUAUUUACUUUUAAUUCGAACUUCUCGGACCCCAAGAUGCGCAUCAAAAUCAAUCAGAUCCAACUCAAGGAGACCAAACAAGAGAACCAGAGCACGCAUGAGCGUGUUGCGGCAGACCGGCAUUACGAGACACAGGCAGCCAUCGUCCGAAUUAUGAAAGCACGCAAAGUCAUCACACAUGCGGAGCUGUUGGUGGAAGUAAUUAAUAAAACGAAGAGCAGAGGUGUGCUGGAGCCUGCUGGGAUCAAAACUAAUAUUGAAAAGCUCAUUGAACGGGAAUACAUAGAACGGGAAGAAGGAAACAAAUACCGAUACCUAGCUUGA